AUGGAGAAGGAAGAGAUCUUCACGUCGCUCGCCGACAUGACGGCGGGCGGACCAUUAAAGGACGAGGAUGCAAAGCCUCGUCCAGCCCCCAGAGCAGUAGACGCCAAGACAAUCGCAAAAGCCAAGAAGAUUGGAGAAGUGCAUUUCAAAGCUGCCCAUGGCCUUGUCAUUGCUUUCUUCACCUUGAUUGCUAUUCUCCACGUGCUCGGUAUCUACCUCUUCACGAGCGGCUUCCUGCUCACGCGAUUGGUCCUGGACCACAAGUCGGAAUGCGCGGUCCCUCCGGUGGCAGCGGCGAGGGGAUACACGGGCGGAGACGGUGUCGGGGGGGAGGGCAAGGGAUGUUGGCAUCCCAAGAGCUUCGACAAGGCCAUUGUCAUUGUCGUCGAUGCGCUGAGAUAUGACUUCACGGUGCCGUUUGAGAGGCAGGCUGGAGCUGUCGACGUCGCAGCAGACUCCCCCGACUACAUGUCCCCACGCCAUUUCCACAACGCCGUGCCCGUCUUGUACGAGACGGCGCAGCAACAGCCCAACAACGCAUUCCUCCUGCCCUUCAUCGCCGACCCUCCGACAACGACGCUACAGCGCCUGAAGGGGCUGACGACGGGGACGCUGCCGACAUUCAUCGAUGCAGGGAGCAAUUUCGCGGGCACGGCCAUUGAUGAGGACAAUCUUGUUGGGCAGUUGCGCAACGCGAGCAAGAAGAUGGUGCACCUGGGCGACGACACCUGGCACGCGCUGUUCCCAGGCUACUUUGAGGCGGACCUGACCCACGCCUACGACUCGUUCAACGUCUGGGAUCUGCACACGGUCGACAGCGGCGUCACCGACCACCUCUUCCCGCUCAUGAAGCCCGAGAAUGCGACCAAGUGGGACGUCAUCUUUGGACAUUACCUGGGCGUCGACCACGCUGGACACCGGUACGGGCCGGAUCACCCGGCCAUGACGGCCAAGCUGAACCAGAUGGACGGCGUGUUUCGCCGCAUGAUGCACGACCUCGACGACAAUACGCUGUUGGUCAUCAUGGGCGAUCACGGCAUGGACGCAAAGGGCGACCACGGCGGCGAGUCCGACGACGAGAUCCAGGCGGCCUUGUGGAUGUACUCCAAGAAGGGCGUGUUCGGCCGCAGCAACCCCAACCACGUCACGCCCCCUGCCACGGCAAAGGACAGGGCAGUUGCGCAGAUCGACCUGGUCCCGACACUGUCACUGCUCCUGGGCAUGCCGAUUCCCUUCAACAACCUGGGCAAGCCCAUCGAGGAAGCCUUCAUCGGAGCAAAGGGGAACGACUAUGAAAACCUAGCCAUCGCCAAUCGCCUUGCCGCCGGGCAGAUACAUCGUUACCAACACGAAUAUGCCAAAGCCAGGGGGCUGGACGAGAACACUAGGGCCAAGUCGCUGUCCCUUUGGACUGCUGCGGAUGAUGCUUGGAAUCUAGUUGGAGGGCGUAAGAGGAACAGCGAGCAGAUGCGGCGCGUCUAUGAGGCUUAUUCUGCUUACCAACAAGAGACCCUUGGCGUCUGUCGCGCGCUGUGGGCCAGGUUCGACAUCCCAAGGAUGAUCAACGGCGUUGUGAUCCUAGCAUUCAGCCUGUUGUCUCUCGCAGUUUACGCAAGAGGAAUGCAAGGCGAUCGGUCGGAGCUGGCGCCCGUCUUGUUCGCGCGAGGUGCUAUUGGCAUGGUCGGUGGAGGUGUGCUCGGUCUUGGAGCCAUGUUCGCUCUUCCACAUGUACCAAAGGAGCAUGUCUUCGUCUUCUCAGCUUCCAUGUCGGGCAUUGUCGGUCUAUUCUCCACCUUCUUCACUCUCCGACAUCGUCUCACAUCUCCUCUGCCGAAUAGUAUCUGGGGUUGGACGAGCGUUAUCUUCACCCUUGCGCUCUCAGCAGGCUUUGCGGCCAACUCGUUCACCAUUUGGGAGGAUGAGAUCCUCUUGCACUUCCUUACGACAUUUGGUGUGCUCGCUGUCAUAUCCUCGUUCCGGCAAAAGCAGAUGGCUGAUCGCACAUUGGGAAUUUACCACUCCAUUCUGUUCACCGUCCUUCUACGAGUCGCGAGCUUCUCACGCCUCUGCAGAGAUGAGCAAAUGCCUUACUGCAAAUCUACAUACUACGCCUCUGCUCUCUCCACCACAUCGGCACCCUGGCAACUCAUCAUCCCCGCCCUUGCCGCCCUCCUGAUCCCAACGUUCAUCAAGAGUUACUACGAGGGCACCAAGAGCUACCAACACAACGCAAUUCUCUGGAUUGGUUUCGCGCUUCGCUUCGGUCUCGUUCUCUCCGCGGUGUAUUGGAUCCUCGACGCCGCGGACGACGGCGAUUGGUACCCGAACUACACCUACGUGCUGAAGUUCAUAAAACAAGUCCUCGCACAAGGUGUCCUGGGAAUCGCACUCGCCUUCGGCUAUUCGGUCUUCAACUGGAGCAAGCCACUCUUGAGCAUCAUAACAAUCAACCCCGACGGCUCGCGAAAAGAACAAAUCACCAUCCUCGGCUUCGCCAAUGUCCACGGCUCGCGAUAUGCUUUGCUAGUCACAAUGUGGUAUCUCGCUAUAGCUCUGUUGCAGAAACCAAUGGGCGCAGGCGCGAUCGCCAUCCUCGUCUGGCAACUCUUCUCCCUGUUCGAAAUCAUCGACACGAACAACCUGCGCAACAGUGCCAUCGGCCCCGUCGUCCUUGGUUUGCUCGGCUCCUUCCACUUCUUCAAGACAGGCCACCAGGCUACCCUUGCAAGCAUCCAGUGGGAAUCCGCCUUCAUCCCUCUCAAGACUAUUCGCUACCCGUGGAGUCCUAUCGUUGUCGUACUCAACACGUUUGGUGCGCAGAUUCUGUGCGCAAUCGCCGUCCCCGCUGCUGUGCUGUGGAAGGUCAAACCUCAGAAAAAGGGCAUGUUGGGCGCGGUGAGCAAGGCGGUCGCUACACAUUUGCUGUUCUACGGCGUUGUUAAUCUUGCCACGACGCUGUGGGCGUGCCAUUUGAGGAGGCAUUUGAUGCUGUAUAGAGUGUUUAUGCCGCGCUUCUUGCUUGGUGCUGUUGUGUUGGUCGUUGUCGACGUUGUGGCUGUUGUGGUGGGACUUUGGGGCGUGAGGAUGAGUAUGUUGAGUGUUGCGGAGGUGUUUGGGUUCGCGUAA